AUGCAGGGCCGGUGUCGAACGGCCAAGGGACCGAGGGGUUUCCGGACCCGAUGCCGCUGGAUGCCCGCCAUCCGAGCCACGGGCGUUCUCAUCGUAAUCCUUGCUGUCGCGACACCGGGGCCCACUGGCGGUGACGUCACUACGGGGUCUCCUGCAUUCUCGCAUUUGUGGACCACCACCGGCGCUAUCACGACUUCCUGCGGGCACCAUCCCUGUUCAUGGAGGGGUCUUCAAGGAGGCGGGCGAAGGAGGGGCAGAGAUUGCGCCGGUGCUGCUUUAUCUGAUGCUGAAGACAAGAAGCCGACGAGACCGACUGACUUAGGCAUGGUCUGCUUCACGGACUACCUUACGGAGUACCUUUUCGGUCCAACGGCUGGCCGUGACGGCGGCUCGCAUGUGCUUCGUCGUCGCGCCAAGGCCGCCUCGGGUAAGGGUCGAUCGCUGCCGCAUCGGUACCCAGAUCAUCAUCAUUGCUCGGGGCAUUUCGAGGCCCCUAGCCAUAUGCCUUGCGCGACACACGGCGGAAUCUUUUGCAGCCGCAACGAGGAACCCGAAAAGCCAAGUCUCCACCAUGACGGUUGGCAAGAUGGAUCCCUCUUCUGUCUAUGGAGCCUCCUAAACAUGCUUUUUGCCCUUCUCUUGUUGGUGGCUCGCUGGGUUACUCGCCCGUUUUGUGACUUGCACUACGUCUGUACUUUGUACUUUGGAUCUAUCUGUGUUGUCUGCCCUGGCGGUGAGAUGGAGGAACCUUUGGUGCCACACAAGUUUUCUCCCUCUUGGCAAGUAGCCGCAUCCCGGUCCGUUUCCCUUUGGCGGUACUCUUCUGCACGGAAGUACGUCUACUGCAGCAGUGCUGCUCGCAACAAAGGGCAGUGUCUUUAUCCUCUUCUGCUCCUCUCCUGGUCUUGGAUCCAAAAAAAACUUCUCAUGCUACUUCGCCUCCACGGUAUCCACGACCAUGCACGACUCAAGAAACUCAUCCCAAGGGUGUCACUGAGCAAGGACCCGCGUUUGCCUGGUUUUAGCGGAGACUUCCACAUGUUGGAAGAGGGUAGCGCAGGGGCGCCUCGAAAGCGCGCAUUUCUGAAAGCGAGGGGCAGGGAGAGAGUAAGAGAGAGUAAGAGAGAGUGA